AUGUAUGCUUUAAGGAGGCAACGAUUUUUAACAAAACUAUGUAAAUUUGGCGGCUCAGGUGUUCCUGUUAAGAUUAUACCGGCAUAUGCACCAGUAUUUACGCGAUUUCCGAAACUUGGAACCCAGUCUUUGACUACGAAAUGCAUUCGAAAGGUUUUUGCCUUUCAUUCUCCUACCUUGCACAAUAACGGAUCUUUUUCACGGCGAUACUAUGGAUCCGAAUCAUAUCCUAGUCAUACUUUAAUAACUAUGCCUGCUUUAUCCCCCACAAUGACUAUGGGAGCCGUUGGUAAAUGGCAAAAGAAAGUUGGGGAUGCUGUCACACCUGGAGAUGUGUUAGUUGAAAUAGAAACUGACAAAGCCUCAAUGGACUUUGAAUGUCAAGAAGAAGGUUACCUAGCUAAGAUUCUUAUAGAAUCUGGUGCAAAAGAUGUUAAUGUUGGUAGUCCCCUAGCUAUUUUGACGGAAAAUAAAGAAGAUAUUGAAAAAUUUUCUGAUUUUGUUCCUGAUCAAAAAGCAACCUCUAAAGUAGAAAAAAUUGAACAUGUGGAAGAAAUUCCAAAAAAAACCGAACCACCAAAAUCAUCCACUCAACUCCCAGAAGAACCCACAAAAGAACCUACAAAAACUUAUGAUAGAAUCCUUGUUAGUCCAGUGGCACGUAAAUUAGCAUCUGAACGUGGAAUCUCUCUUGAUCAGGUCACCGGUACAGGUCCCAAGGAUCGCAUAGUAAAGGCAGAUAUUCUAAAUUGGGUUCCUCCAGUAACAAAAGCAAAAGAAGUUCCAGCUUCAGAACCUAUUUCAGAGUAUACAGAUAUUCCUCUAUCCAAUAUGCGCAAGAUCAUUGCUGAACGAUUAAGUGAAUCCAGUCAAACAAUUCCUCAUUAUUUCUUGACUAUUGAAGUUGAUAUGAACAAAGCUUUGAAACUUCGUGAAGAACUAAAUAAUGACAGUAAUGGAAAGUACAAACUUUCUGUUAAUGAUUUCAUUAUCAAAUCAUCUGCUUUAGCAUUAAUGGAUAUGCCUCAAGUGAACUCGUCUUGGCAUGAUACUUUUAUUAGACAAUAUCGUAAUGCUGAUAUUUCGGUUGCCGUAGCGACUCCCAAUGGUUUAAUCACACCCAUUAUAAAGAAUGCACAAACCAAAGGGCUAGCAACUAUCUCAAAUGAAGUUAGAGAAUUGGCAGGUCGUGCAAAAGAAAACAAAUUGUCACCUCAUGAGUAUCAGGGAGGAACCUUUUCAAUCUCUAAUCUUGGGAUGUACGGUAUCAAAUCUUUUACAGCUAUCAUUAAUCCUCCACAAUCAUGUAUUCUCGCUGUGGGUUCUGCUGGACAAACAUUCAUACCAGAUUCAAGUCAGGAGACGGGAUAUCGAAUUGUAAACACUAUGCAAGUAACUCUUUCGUGUGAUCAUAGAACUGUUGAUGGAGCUUUGGGAGCACAAUGGUUAUCUGCAUGGAAAGUUUACAUGGAAAAUCCGAUCAAAAUGCUUUUAUAA